CGUGGAUGUCAUAGCGGCGAACCCAAACAGUAACACAUGCACCCUGAACGAAUGAGCUAAUCUUCCAUUAGACACAAAUGUCCGGGGGAAACAAAGCCGUUGAACUACAGCUGCAAAUGCGUCAGAAUGCAGAGGAUCUGCAUGCGUACAGGAAAGAACUUGACAGCUGGGAAGACGACAUCAAGAAGAAAGACGAACAACUUAGAAGCGGGAGCGUACCUGAUCCCCAAACAAAUAUUCCACCAGUGAGAAAUAAGGACUUUAAGAAGAAGAAGAGGAAAGUUAAAAGCAGAGUCACUGACAAGAAUGGACAGGACGAAGCCAAGAAGCCAUCAAGGAUAAAAGCUUAUGAUUACCGGGCUUGGGACAAAUUUGAUGUGGACAAGGCCCUUGAGUCAAUGGACAAAGAGGAGAGCCCUGAGUCAAACGACUCUGAUUCAGAGGAAGCAGGCAUCGUGGUCGACAAAGACCUAGCCCUCGCCGAGAAGGAAAAAGGCAACCAGUUCUUUAAAGAGGGGAGGUAUGAUAACGCUGUUGAAUGCUAUACCAGAGGAAUGAGUGCAGACCCUUACAAUCCCAUUCUGCCCACCAACCGGGCAACCUGCUUCUUCAGACUCAAAAAGUACGCGGUGGCAGAAUCGGACUGUAACUUGGCCAUAGCUCUGGACGGUAAAUAUGCCAAGGCUUAUGCCCGCAGAGGAGCUGCCCGUUUUGCCCUUAAAAACUGUCAAGGAGCAUUAGAGGAUUAUGAGAUGGUUCUGAAGUUGGAUCCAGAAAACACUGAAGCGCAGACUGAAGUGAAGAAGAUAAAAGAGGCCUUAGCGUCCCAGCCAAAGGGAGAUGAGAAAGCAGAAUUGGUUCAGCCACAGAUGCCUGUGGUUGACCCUGCUGAGCAAAGACGAAUGGAGGAGCAGCAGAAAAGACAAGAGGCAGUUGUGCAGAAGGAUAGGGGCAAUGCGUACUUUAAAGAGGGAAAGUACGAGGCGGCUGUACAGUGCUAUACCACAGGAAUGGAAGCAGAUGUGACAAACGUCCUUCUUCCCGCAAAUCGAGCAAUGGCAUACUUAAAACUUCAAAGGUACGCUGAGGCUGAGGAAGACUGUUGCAGGGCCAUUGCUCUGGAUGGGACCUACUCCAAAGCCUUCGCUAGGCGUGGCACAGCCAGGACUGCCCUGGGCAAAUACACAGACGCCAAGGAGGAUUUUGAGCAAGUCCUGAAGCUUGAGCCGGGAAACAAGCAGGCGCUGGCUGAACUGAAGAAAGUGGUAAUGGAAAUGACUGCACGUGGACUGUUGUCUCCAGAGGAGUGUGUCCACAGAAGGACGGUUCAGCCGGUCGAUAAGCCACCUCACCUCAGAUCAACUAAGCCACUCAGAAGGGUGGAAAUUGAGGAGGUGGGAGGAGAGGUGGCGUUGUCAGACGGGCCGACACAUAAAGAGGAAAAGAUGAAAGGUCAACCAGAGCGAGUUCUGACCUCCUCCAAUUCUACAGAGCCAGAGGUGGUCCCACCAGUCCCCACAAACAGCUUUCAGCUGGAGGCAGACCUGAGGAAGCUGGGAAAUCGGUCUGAACUGACCUAUAAAUAUUUAAAGCAAAUCACACCUGAAGCAUAUCCAAAGAUUUUCCAGAACUCUCUGGAACCUGACAUUCUCAAUCACAUUCUGAGGAUAUUUCAGAGCUUUUACAUCAAACAUGAGGAUCCCUCACUUAUCCUGGAGAUCCUGAGGAACUUGGCAAGUGUGAAGAGGUUUGACAUGGCCGUCAUGUUCAUGUCUUCUGCUGAGAAAAAAGUGUUACAUGAGUUGUUUGAGUGUGUCCGCCACGCCGGUCUGGAGGACAAUUCUGUUGGAGUCCUACAGAAGAAAUAUGGAGUAUGACAUCUCUGUGUGUGGAUGGGAGCGACUCACACAAUACACAAAAGCAAAGCAUAAUAAAGUCCUCAGAGCAUCUAAUGGUGUUCACCUACUGACAGAGACUGCCGCUGUGUUCCUGUCUGAGAUAAAACACAAAAGAGAGGAGCUCAGACUCUCAGUCUUAAUAAACAGCAUUUCCCUUCUCACAGAUUUUUUCAUGUAGAAGGCUUGAAUUUUGAAAUGGGCCACCAACAUAUUUUGUUUCCUGUUGUUUUGUUUUUGGAGUUAACAGACAUUUGAAAUGUUUUGUUGUGAAAGGAGACAAACAAAAAUGAAAGUUUUUGUUUUUACGCUUCUUGUGGUGCCUUUAAUAGAACUCUACCUUCAUGACGGACGAGUGAAUGUGAUGUGAAAGCUUUUACUCACCUGAAUACUAGUUUGAUGCGUUUUAGCAAUGUUGCCA